AUGACGCAGCAUCUUGGCUUGCGUCUUCUUUGCGUUGCACCGCGAAGAGCGCGGGGCGGCUACGGCCAGUUGCUCGAAUCACCAUUCGCCUGCAGCAUCGAUCGGCUGGGCCGCCUCAUCACUCAGGCAGCUCACUGGCGCGGCGCAGUCGCCGCCGCCGUCGUCGCCUACGAUGGCGCCACGGGAGAGCAUGUCGCAGUGCGCGAGGCGAGGCGGCGCAUCGAGGCGGCAGUGGACGAGAUUGGCGCGUGCGGGGUCGGGGUCGGGUUGCCUGUGCGACGCACGAUCGCCCUCUACGAGGACGGUGGCCUCGGCCUCUAUCCAAUCAACGCGGCACGAAACGCUGCGCUCCGGCUCGCCACCACCGAGCUCGUCCUGCUCCUCGACGUCGACUUUCUGCCGUCUACUGGCCUGCACUCUACCGUCGCGGGGAGCGCGGCCGAGCUGCGCCGCCGGUGCGUGGAGGAGCGACGGCUGCUGGUCCUGCCAGCCUUUGAGAGCUGCGCAGACGCCUGUGAGGCCGCGGCACUCGCAGCCGGGGGCAAGCCGGCGCUGGCGGCGGCGGUCGUGGCCGGCCGCGCCCGAACUUUCGCGAGCGACGGCCGCUGCGGCGACACCUUCCCCCAGGGCCACCGCGCGACCGACUCGAAGCGGUGGCUCGCGACAGACGGUGCCUACUCGGUCGAGCACGAGGAGGGGUUCGAGCCGUUCGUCGUUGCCUCGCGCCGGCUGGUGCCGCCGUACGACGAGCGCUUCACCGGCUUUGGCAGAAACAAGAUCCUCCAGCUCUGGGAGGCGGCGCGGCUCUGCGGCUUCACCUUUGAAGUCGUGCCGUCGCACUUCGUCGUUCACGCGCGCCACGCGGCCUCGCACGCGCAGCGGGCCGUGCUCGGCGACCCGGCGGCAGCGGAGCCCGGCCCUCGGCUGCUGCCGAGCAUCAAGGCGCUCCGUCUUCGGCGCGCGCCGACCGACAUCACGCUCGUGACUUGCCUGACGGAUGACCGGAUAGAGAGGCUCGCCGCGCAGUGCUCGCUGUGGAGCGGCGUCGUGUCCGCCGCGCUCGAGCGAGAGGGGAGCGGCUGCCGACUCGACCUCACCCUGCUGAGGCCGGCUCGCCGGGGCAGCUCGUGCGGCGGCAGCUCGUGCGGCGCCGCGCCGCUCGUGCCGAUCAACGCGCUUCGGAACGCGGCACUCGAAGCGGCGCGCACCGACCUCGUCCUCCUGCUCGACGUCGACUUGCUGCCGAGCAAAGGGCUGCACGAGCGGCUCUGCGCGGCCCGGCUCCGCCGCGCCCUCGCUGCUAGCUGCGAGGCGGGAGAGGUGUGGGUGCUGCCAGCCGUCGAGAUGUCCUCGACGGGCGCGCGCCAGGCUAUCAGCCUCGAUUGGGAGGCCAAGGAGGCGCAGGCCGAGGUGGCGACGGGGGCGGAGCAGGCGCAGCAUGCGACGGGGGCGGAGCACUUCCACUCUCUGCACUAUGAGCAGGGCCACGGCGCGACUGACUUGUCUCGCUGGGCCGACGAGGGCUACGAGCCGUUCGUGCUCGCUUCGCGCCGCCGCCUGCCUCGCUACGAGGAGCGGUUCCGAGGGUACGGCUUCGACAAGGUCUUCUUCUUCCUCCAGCUGCACGAGCAGCAGCGGCCACGCUUCCGCGUCCUCCCCUGCGGCCUCGCCGUUGACGUGCCGCACCGCCGCUCUCCCGACUGGCACGCCACAUUCCGCGCCGCCGAUUCGCGAGGUCACCGCCUCCAGCUCCUUCGCACGCGGGCGCUCUACUCGCGCUGCAAGCGCGAGCUUGCGUUGCAGCGGCAGUUUGCGGCCGUGCUCGCCGCCUCGGACGACGCUGCCGCGAUUGCGUGCUUGCGGGCCGUCGACGCACGCGAGUCGCUCUCGCUGGGGGGAGCUGGCGCCGCUUUUGCCGCCGCGCAGCUUCCUCCUACCGCCUCCGCCGCGCUGUCUGUGCAGACGCUAUGCUGGCGAGGUGAGCUGGUCGCGGAGGCAGCGGCGCCGCUCGACGCGCGGCUGCGCCUCGCCGCGCUGCUCUGCACUUCGGCGACGGCGACCGGCUUGCCCCCGACGCCGGCACUGGCGGUCGCGGUGGCGGUCGAGGUGGGCGCUUCGCCCCCUCGCGCCGCUGUCGCAGAGGCGGAGCGGCUGCGCGUCGCCCUGCCACGCGGCAGCUGGUCCCCAUUUGCGACCCUCGCGUCCGGCCUCGAGGUUGGGGGGGUGGCGGUGCGCGCGCACGCACGGCUCCCUCCGGGGACGGACGCCGCAGCCCUCUCCGCCGUGAGCUACGCCCUCCGCUUUCCCAGCGGCUUCGAGUGGGCCCUCGGGGGGACUCUGCCGGGCGUCUUCCUCGACAGCGGCCUGCGCCUCUCCCUCGGGUGGCGCGCCGCCGGUUGCGGGCACGUCAGCUUCACGAGCCCUCGCGGCGGCGACGCUGGCGCCGUGACGCGGCUGGGCACUUGGCAUUGGGUGCCGGAUCGGUGGCACUUUGUGGUGAUUAGUCGGUCGGCCGCAGUCCCCAGCGGUGCGGAUCGGCGGUUCGCGGUCUACGUCGACGAGCAGCCCGUUGCGGUCGUCGAUCCGCCACAGAGUGGCCCGCUCAUCGGCGCUGUCGUGGCGAGCCCGCCGGAGCCGCUCGGCUUGCUGCUCACCCUCUUCUUUGGCGGCGCGACGGACGAGUGGGCAACGCCGCGCGACACGCACGUCGAGGUGGGAGGGUUUACGUGUUGGAAGACAUGA